AUGUGCGGGCGCUGCCAGUCCGCGGGCGCGCAAUGCAAGUAUGCGAUGCAGCUGCAGUGGGGUGGGCGGGCCUUUUCGCGAUCGCGAUUUGGUGCCUGUGUUGGCACUGGAAACAUGCAGAGACUCGAAUACUCACCUGGAGAAUUCAUCUACACCACCAAGUCCGCACAGGCCGGCUCUGAUAUGGCCUUGACACAACCCGUCGAUCCUUUCUCAUCCCUCUCGCCCGAUCAAAAAGCGCUUCUACAUCACUUCAUAAACGAUGCAUCACAAAUCACAGCCUCCCACUCUGGCAUGCAACAGGAUAUCUGUCGAAUGAUAGUGCCUAUGGCUCUCCAGACCCCAUCUCUCCUUUACGCCACCACUGCCCUCUCCGCAAUUCACAUUCAAGCCCUGCAUAACCAAUCCGAGAGUGUUAAGACUGCACCAGACAUUGCCAGACUGAUGGCGCAAAGUCUGGAGCAUUUUCGAAAGGAGCUUCAGCAUCCGUCGUCCAAGCACUCGGAGGCGUUGGUGGCUACUGCCCGAACGCUCUGCUUGGCAGAGAUUCACUCGGGAGCGAUCCAUCCCAACUCCUGGCGAGCACAUAUUGAGGGCGCAAGGGCAUUGAUGAAGACUUCAGACGUGGUCGGAGAUGAGUCACUGCAAACUGGGAAUGGCUUCCGUCGAUAUCUGGAUCGUUGGUACUGGUCAAUUGUGUCCCUUACAGCGCUGACGGGGAAUGGUCCUCCCAUCGGCGAUAUCUCGGACUUCGCGCCAUCGGACUUGGGAGGUCAAAGAAGAUCACCGGAUUAUCUAGAUGAUUAUUGGGGCUUCACCGUUGACCUCGCCGCUGUCUUUCGACAAAUCGGUGCUGCAGCUUGGCGCGCCCACCAGGCAGAGAAAGAUGGUCUAGGCUUCGUUGCAGGGGAGAUUGAUACUAACGCGGAAGAUGAGGCUGCUGCCCUUGAGUCAUCUAUACGAGAACUCAUGGAUCGAGGUGCAAGCUCCCAGCCAUCAUUCUAUCCCGGCGUUGCAGAAGGUCUGUCUGCGGAAAGUGUCCAGAACCUUGCACUCUGCAAUGAAGCUUUCCAGCACAGUGCUCUCAUUCAGAUCCAUAAGCGACUGCGUAAGACACCGACAGCAUCUGCUUAUGUACAAAAAUCUGUGCAGAGAAUCCUAGAGUGUACGGCUCAGAUUGGACCAUCGGCUGGAUUAAGCCCAUGGGUUAUGCUCACAACUCCACUGUUCAUUGCUGGCUGUGAAGCAUGUGGAGAGGAUCGUGAUACUGUUCGACAAUUACUGGCAUCGUUACAUGAUACUAUCCGGGUGCCAAAUGUGCUACAGUCUUUGAAAUUUCUUGAGCAAUAUUGGGCGAAUCAGCUGAGCAAAGAUGAGGAUUGGAGCCAUUUUCUUGAUCGGAUGAGAUUCGACUUUAUUCCUUACUAA